AUGCCCUACACUUCAAAUGUUUCACUCAGUGCGCUGUGCAAUGCAUCUUAUCAGGACAAUUCAUCAAACAAUGAACCAGACCAGACAGAAGAUAAUCCAGCUCAGGUUCUUUCUACAUUGAUGAUUGUGUUGUUAACCAUCGCCGGUCUACUGAUCAUUGCAAUCAAUGGCCUGGUGAUCUACUUAAUCUACGUUAAGAAAGCUCUUCGGUCGCCAACAAAUUUGUUUCUCACUUCUCUGGCAUUUUUGGACUUCAUUACAGGAUUCGUGGGAGUCCCUCUUGUUGUACAUUGCCUGGCUAAGGAGGUUCUAUCAGUGUGCGUUUUUUCGACGAUCUUCAUUCGAUUCGCUGCUAUUUCGUCAGUUUGCCAUAUCAUUCUCAUAGCUUUUGAUCGUUAUAUCGCCAUAGUGCAUCCCUUGCAACAUGGCUCCCUUGUAACAAAAUGGCGAGCAGUUGGUGCUACUUUAUUUGUGUGGCUGAUGUCAUUUGGAGCGUCUAUUAUUCAGCUGUCGUGGUACACUCUGGAUGAGAAUACUUUGAAGGAAUAUGCCGAGGAAACAGCAACUUCCGAUUUGAAGUACAUAAAAGCUUGCAUCGUUGUGUUUUUCGCAAUUCCUCUGUUGAUGAUAUGCUACAUGUACGGGCACAUAUUUUACAUUUCAUUUAAGAGUAUGAAAACUGACCGCGUCCGAAAAAGUUCCUUGCGGCAGCCACACCGACCUCUUCUUUACGAAUGGCGAGGCCGCAGUGUUUUGCUGAUCAUGGUUGUGAUAUUCGCCGGGUGUUGGUUGCCAUUUUUUUUGGCCAUGUUACAGGACCACAAGCCAUCCCUUGAGUUCUCUCUGAAUUCAGUCUGGGUGCAGCGUUUGCUUGUGGCCCUGACUUUCGUACCACCGCUGUUAAAUCCCGUCUUAUGCACGUUGGCCAAGAAGGAUUUCCGUCGCUCAUUAAUGGAAGUGGCCUUCAGAGAGAGGCUUCAUCGACAACGUGAGGAAAGAGCAUAUUUUCAAAAAUCAAGUGUGAACAAUGCGUAA